CUUUGUCGCGCUGGAUUUGGUACAAUCGCCCCAAUCUUCUGUGGUGAAAGAGUAUCACUUGACCGUCAAAGCGCCCCAGAAGAUUCACAAGCAAAGCGAGCAUGAUCGGUGCCUGUGGCAGCACUCCGUCUCCCGAACCUUCCCCGCGCCAAAUCUGAGGAAAGAGCACAAUAAGGAGAACGACGUCCAGCUCCCUGACAGGGAGCUAAAACAAACACCUCGAGCAUGGCCAGCACGUCUUUCUCCAAUUCUGGCUAUGAAGACAACAAGCGUCCAUUCUCCAUGAGCAGUCUGCGCGGAGCCCCGGCCUCCCCCCACACCCCACAACACCAUCUGCGAUCCAACAACUCCUCCUUCGCCAGCACCACCUCGAGCACUUCUUACCGAGGCGAGGAGGAUGCCAUUAUAUUUGAGUUCGGUGCCCGCUGGCUUCGGGCUGGCUUUGAGGGCGAGAGCGUGCCAAUGUGCGUGGUGGGCUGCGGCCCGGAAGAAUGCCGCCGCGUCGGCGACUACCGCGGCUGGUUGAAGUCGAACAACCCGGACACUGACCCGGGGCAGUCACGCCCGCUCGUCAACGCGGAGGACUGGGCGAGCGCUUACGAGCUCUGGAAUAUGGAUCUCCGGGCGGUCGAUCUGGGGCUCGUGGAGGAUAAGAUUGAGCGGAUGUUCCGAGAGACAUACAACAAAUACUUAUUGACGGAUGCGGGCACGUCGCGGUUGGUGCUGGUGCUCCCUGCGAUUAUGCCACACCCGCUGCUAUCGUCCUUGUUGUCGACGCUGUUCAGUCGGUGGCGCUUCCCAAGUAUCACGCUGUUGACCAGCGCUACGAUGACGGCGACGGCGGCCGGGGUGCGCUCUGCCUUGGUGGUGGACAUUGGGUGGGCGGAGACCGUGGUCACCGGCGUGUAUGAGUAUCGCGAAAUCGCAAUCAAGCGGAGUACGAGAGCGAUGAAAGCACUGCUGCAGGAGACGGGUCGGUUAUUCACAAACAUCCCCACGGUGCGUGAUGGAAGGUCUCAGGCGGCAUCGCGCGAUGAGGGAAUCUCAGUGCAGUUUGAGUUUUGUGAGGAGGUCGCCAGUCGAUUUCUAUGGUGUAAACCCCGGGAAAACGCCUCGGCAGAAUCGCAGCAGCAGCAGCAGCAGCAGCAAGAGCAAAUACAAAUACAACCCAGCCCUGAUGAACCCCCCGACCCAACUACACAACCCCCCUCCUCCUUAACCUCCCUCUUGCAACGCACCGUGGAGAUUCCUUCUCCGUUGCACCCAAGCUCCGCCUACAUCGAACUCCCCUUUUCCACCUUUGCCGAACCCGUCGAAACCGUCCUCUUUGCUGCCGGCACAGCAGACUGUGAGCUUGACGACGAAGAGAAGCCCCUCCCACUCCUGAUCUACAACGCCCUACUCGCCCUCCCGCCCGACGCACGCGGCACCUGCAUGUCACGUAUGAUUUUCACCGGCGGCGGCGCCAACAUCCCUGGAAUCCGACAGCGGAUCCUGGCCGACGUCGCGGCUCUCGUCGCCGAGCACGGCUGGUCCCCUGUGCGUGGCAAAGUCAUCGAGCAGCAAAGACGCAAGCUCGCCAACCUGCGCCUUUCUCACUCAUCCCGGACCCGACGAGCUGCGUCCCAAAUCCCGACUUCUCCCCUGAUCACCACCCUCAAGCAGGAGGAGGACCUUGAAGACCCCAUCGAGCAAAAAAUCCGCCGCAACAACCGCGACCGCGACCGCGACGCGCUCCCGCCCUCCGUGCAGGGCGUGCUGCGCGAAGUCGAGUCCCUCGGCCCCUGGGCCGGCGCCAGCUUGACUACCAGCCUCAAGAUCCGGGGAAUGGUGGAGAUCGAGCGCGAGAAGUACCUCCAGCAUGGGCUUGCGGGGGCGAGUCGCGAGUUCGAGGCCCAUGGACAUGCCCCCGAUCGCCGGUCAGGGUUGAGGGCUGGGGGUGGUGGGGAUCGGUCGAGUUGGACUUUGGCUGGGUGGGGGUGA